CUGGGUAACCACACAGAUUUUAAUUUGCCAAACAAUUUCCCCAAAAACAUUGAUAACUCCAAAAAAUGCCUCAUUGCUAUUUUUUAGAGAAACUGAGAAAAAUAUUGUUAAACUAUAAUUGCAUCAAAAAAUUUUAUCAUAACUCUACUGCUAUUUUUAUUCCCUCCAUGAACAUGAAACGGUUUAUUUUAAAGCGUGAACUGUGAAACAGCCCUAGUAAAAAAACAGAACGGGCUCUUUAAGAGCGGGGUGCGGGCGAGAGGCAUUGUCUACAGAAGCGCGCAAGAGCCAAUGGAGAGGCGCGUGACAGAGUUUGGGCAGAAGGGGUUUGUCUCACCUGCUCGAGAUCACUUCAAGAGGAGCGUGAACAGGACAUUUUCAGCUCACGACAAUUAAUAUGCACGUAUCGGACAGUUAACACUUCACUUUAGAUAACAGCGAUGAGCUCAAGUCUGGGCCGUGCGCCUUUCUGAGGUACUCCAGAAACGCGUCAGUUUUCUUUGCUACAACUUGGCAACUCAUCACUCCGGGGUUUAACCGCGGAGCACGGUCGAGCUGCUUUUUAGGCAUCAUCAUGGAACUGAGCAACAGACAGACGCAGUGCAAGAAAGUGUUGGAUAACGCCGAUUUGAUCGCGAGGGAGUGAUUUCUGUUCGUAUUUUUUGUAUGUGUGUGUGGUGUGGCAUUGAUAUUAAUUGCAUGGGCUCUAAACACUCCAAGGAAGAAUAUUUUUUGUUUUUUUGUUUUCUAAAUAAACACCUUUGGGAAUAAAUCUAAGUUUUAGGAAUUAAACAACCUUCCAAGCUGUGCGUAACAUAUAGAACCGCGGAGAUGGAGCACACGGGGAUCGAAGAGGUGAACCAGACCCACCAGCAGCACGAAACCAUCAGCUUUGGAAUAGAUCAGAUCCUCAAUGGCUCGGACCAGUCGAGUAGUUGCAUGCUGCCCAGCCGAACCGGCGACCCGGACUACGCGCUCACGCCGAACGUCUACAACGGCUACAACAGCAUGUAUCCGGCCUGUUCGAUGGCGGCAGGACUAGCAGGUUCCUACAACGUAAACAUGAACAUGAAUGUGAGCAUGAAUAUGAACGUUAAUGUGAACUCGGGGAACGCUGGAGGUGUCAUCCGCGUCCCGGCCCACAGACCCAUGCCACCCGCACCUCACCAACCGACGGCUGGCCAUCCACCGAGCAUCGCGGCGGGAAUUCCCACUAUGCCCACAGUACCCAGUAUGGGCAGCCCCCACAGUUUCACGUUCCCCUGGAUGGAGAGCAGCAGAAGGUUUGCGAAGGAUAGACUGACAGCUGCUCUGUCCCCGUUCUCCGUCACACGGCGGAUCGGUCAUCCGUACCAGAACCGGACACCACCGAAGCGAAAAAAGCCGCGUACGUCGUUCAGCCGCGUGCAGAUCUGCGAGCUGGAGAAACGCUUUCACCGGCAGAAAUAUCUGGCGUCCGCGGAGCGCGCCACACUCGCCAAGGCCUUGAAGAUGACAGACGCUCAAGUCAAAACCUGGUUUCAAAACAGAAGAACAAAAUGGAGGAGGCAGACAGCGGAGGAGAGGGAGGCCGAGCGACAGCAAGCCAACCGUCUGAUGCUGCAGCUUCAGCAGGAGGCCUUUCAGAAGACCCUGAGUCAGCCGCUCCAACAAGACCCGCUCUGCCUUCACAACUCCUCGCUUUAUGCCCUGCAGAACUUACAGCCCUGGGCAGAGGACAAUAAGGUGACGUCGGUCACCUCAGUCGCAUCUGUGGUCUGACCCGCAGCUCUCAUUGUGUGUGCUAUAGUUAACCGAGAACGGAUUUAUAGUGCUUAACGUAAUUUGGGUGGAUCUGGCAUCCUGAUUGGGACUCACGAAGCCAUAAGAUUUUUUGUUUUCAGUGAGACCUAAAAAAAAAAUCUUUUUUCAAUCAUAUAGCUACUGUGUGGAAUUAAUAGCCUCAGUAGCAUGAGGUUAAAAUCACUAAACAAUCCCGGUAAAAUAAUAAACUGUAUUUAUUUAUUUGUGUGUUUAAUUAUCAGUUUUUCCCCAACACAAACAUGCCUAUUUAAAACAACACUCCACUUUAUUUUGCUGGAAAUGGGCUCAUUUUAUAGAGUUAUACAGCUGAGAAUUUGCAGGUCUGUUGGAAGCACUUUUAGCUUAGCUUAGCAUAAAUCAUUGAAUCAGAUUAGACCAUUAGCAUCUCACACAAAACAUAAAAAAAAGUUUGACAUUUUGAGCUCGACUCUUCAGUAGUUUCAUCGUCUACUAAAAUUGACAGAAAAUGAAAAGUUGUGAUCUUCGGGUUAGUCAAGAGCACUUUUAUCUUAGCUUUGCAUAAACUAUUGAAUCAGAUUAGACCAUUAGCAUCUUGCGCAAAACAUAAAUAAAAGUUUGACAUUUUCAGCUUGAAUCCUCAGUAGUUACAUUAUGUACUAAGAAUGACGGAAAAUAAAUAGUUGUGAUCAUCAGGUUUGUCGGGAGAACUUUUAUUUUAGCUUAGCAUAAACCAUUGAAUUGGAUCAGACCAUUAGCAUCUUGCGCGAAACAAAGUUUUACAUUU